AUGGACAGUAAAGGGAGAAGAGGGACAAACGGAUCCAUCAAACGUUCGUCCAUCAAGCGCAGCGCGUCGUCUGGAUCCAGAAAGGUUCAGAGAGCUUGGAUCGAGAGAACCUUCCAGAAGAGAGAAUGUAUCCAGAUUAUUCCUGGAAAAGAUGCAAGCAGGUGUAGUUGUGGUCAGCUGGUAUCUCAGCACUCAGGUAUCAGGGAGGAGUUGUCUCUGGUGCAGCUGGAGGCAGCAGAGCGAUGGAUUCCUCUCAAACACACUCAGACCAGUUCUACUGAUGCAUACGGAGUCCUGGAGUUCCAGGAGGGGGGUCACGUCAACAAGGCCAUGUACAUCCGGGUCUCCUAUGACUCUAAACCCGACAGUCUGCUCCACCUGAUGGUGAAGGAAUGGCAGCUGGAGCUUCCAACGCUGCUGAUCUCCGUCCACGGAGGCCUGCAGAGCUUCGAGCUGCCGCCGAAACUCAAGCAGGUGUUUGGAAAAGGACUCAUCAAGGCUGCCGUCACCACCGGAGCCUGGAUCUUCACCGGGGGAGUCAGCACCGGAGUGAUCCGGCAUGUGGGUGACGCUCUGAAGGACCACUCCUCUAAGUCGAGAGGUCGUGUUUGUGCGAUCGGAAUCGCUCCGUGGGGAAUCCUCGAGAACCGAAACGAUCUGAUCGGCAGAGACGUGACGCGGCCCUAUCAGACGAUGUCUAACCCUCUCAGUAAGCUGGCCGUGGUGAACAGCAGCCACUCACACUUCAUCCUGUCCGAUAACGGGACGAGCGGGAAGUACGGAGCCGAGGUCCGUCUGCGCCGCCAGCUGGAGAAACACAUCGCCCUGCAGAAGAUCAACACACGUCUGGGUCAGGGCGUCCCGGUGGUCUGCCUGAUCCUGGAGGGGGGUCCGAACGUGAUCUCCAUCGUGUUGGAGAGUCUGAAGGAGGAGCCUCCGGUUCCGGUGGUGGUCUGUGACGGCAGCGGCAGAGCCUCUGACAUCAUCUCCUUCGCCCACAGAUACUGUGAGGAGGACGGGUUGGUGAGCGACAACGUCAAAGAUCAGCUGAUCGUCACCAUCCAGAAAACCUUCAACUACACCCGCAGCCAGGCGCUGCACCUCUUCCUGCUGCUGAUGGAGUGCAUGAAGAAGAAAGCUCUGGUAUCAAUCAAUCAAUCAAUCUCUGUCAGCAGUUUGACCCUCGACCGUCCUAAAAGCCCGGCAGCCCAGAGGUCAGCAGCAGCAGGAGGAGGAGGAGGAGGAGGAGGAGGUAAAGGCAAAGCCAGGGGGAAGAAAGGAAAAGGAGCCAAAACCAAACCUGAACCACCAGAGGAGACCGACCCCAGGAAACUGGAGCUGCUCAACUGGGUGAACUCUCUGGAGCAGGCCAUGAUGGACGCUCUGGUGUUGGACAGAGUCGACUUUGUGAAGCUGCUGAUUGAGAACGGCGUCAACAUCCAUCACUUCCUGACCAUCCCCCGCCUGGAGGAGCUCUACAACACGAAGUUGGGACCGGCCAACACGCUGCACUUCGUGGUCAGAGAUGUGAAAAAGGGGAAUCUUCCUCCAGAUUACCAGAUCACACUGAUCGACAUCGGGCUGGUGCUGGAGCUGCUGAUGGGGGGGGCUUACCGCUGCAAAUACACCAGGAAGAGCUUCAGGGCGCUGUACAACAACCUGUAUGGACUGAAGAGGCCUAAAGCUUUGAAACUUCUUGGAAUGGAGGAUGAUGAGCCUCGUCCGAAAGGAAAAGGGAAGAAGAACAAGAAGAAAGAGGAGGAGGAGGACAUUGAUGUGGACGACCCCGAGGUCUGCCGGUUUCAGUACCCGUUCCACGAGCUGAUGGUGUGGGCCGUGCUGAUGAAACGCCAGAAGAUGGCGCUGUUCCUGUGGCAGCGGGGGGAGGAGGCCAUGGCCAAAGCUCUGGUGGCCUGUAAACUCUACAGGGCCAUGGCACACGAGUCAUCCCAGAGCGAGCUGGUGGACGACAUCUACCAGGACCUGGAGAACAACUCCAAGGAGUUCGGUCAGCUGGCCUACGAGCUGCUGGACCAGUCGUACAAACAUGAUGAGCAGGUGGCCAUGAAGCUGCUCACCUAUGAACUGAAGAACUGGAGCAACUCCACCUGUCUGAAGCUGGCGGUGGCUGCCAAACACAGAGACUUCAUCGCUCACACCUGUAGCCAGAUGCUGCUGACCGACAUGUGGAUGGGCUGCCUGAGGAUGGGCAAGAGCAACAGUCUGAAGGUGAUUUUAGGAAUCAUUUUCCCUCCUACCAUCCUCCUGCUGGAGUUUCGUCUUGGAGAUGAAUCUUCGUUUCACUCCUCCAAACAAAACGAAGACAGCAAAAUUAAAGACAACGACAACAAAUCCAACAAGGACUCCGUCUCUAACGUCGACACAACGUCUAAGAAAGGAGACGAAGAAGAGAACCAGAAGAAACACAGGAAGAGGGUUCCCAUCGGGAAAAAGAUCUAUGAAUUCUACAACGCUCCCUUCACCAAGUUCUGGUUCAACACGAUCGCCUACCUGGUGUACCUGAGUUUGUAUAAUUACAUCAUCCUGGUGAAGAUGGAGCGAUGGCCGUCUCUACAGGAGUGGAUCGUCAUCUCUUACAUCAUCACUCUGGGACUGGAGAAAGCUCGACAGAUCUUGAUGUCGGAGCCGGGGAAGCUGAAGCAGAAGGUGAACGUGUGGUUGGAGGAUUACUGGAACAUCACAGACCUGGUGGCCAUCUGUGUGUUCCUGCUGGGGCUGCUGCUGCGGCUGCAGAGCGAGCCGUACAUGGGCUACGGACGCGUCAUCUACUGCGUCGACAUCAUCUUCUGGUACAUCCGAGUGCUCGACAUCUUCGGGGUCAACAAGUACCUGGGACCCUACGUCAUGAUGAUCGGCAAGAUGAUGAUCGACAUGCUGUACUUCGUGGUCAUCAUGCUGGUGGUGCUGAUGAGCUUCGGCGUGGCGCGGCAGGCCAUCCUCCACCCUGACGAGAAGCCAACGUGGCGUCUGGCUAGAAACAUCUUCUACAUGCCGUACUGGAUGAUCUACGGAGAGGUGUUUGCAGACUCCAUAGACCGUAAGACUAGAGUUCAUAUUUACGCCAUGGAGAUCAAUCCUCCGUGUGGAGACAACAUGUAUGACGAGGACGGUAAGAAGCUCCCUCCGUGUAUUCCCGGCGCCUGGCUGACUCCGGCCAUCAUGGCUUGUUACCUGCUGGUUGCGAACAUCCUGCUGGUCAACCUGCUGAUCGCCGUCUUCAAUAACACGUUCUUCGAGGUGAAGUCCAUCUCCAACCAGGUUUGGAAGUUUCAGCGCUAUCAGCUGAUCAUGACCUUCCACGACCGGCCCAUCCUGCCCCCCCCCCUCAUCAUCUUCCCCCACAUCUACAUCGUCCUCAAGAGGCUCUGCUGCCGUUGCCGCCGGCGACCGGAGGGCGACCACGACGACCGCGAGAGGAGACUGCAGCUGGUGCUGAGCAGUGAGGAGCUGAAGAGUCUUCAUGAGUUUGAGGAACAGUGUGUGGACGAAUACUUCCGAGAGAAAGACGACGAGAAACAAUCGUCCAAUAACGAGAGGAUCCGAGUGACGACAGAGAGGGUGGAGAACAUGUCCAUGCGUCUGGAGGAGGUGAAUGAGAGAGAGCAUUCUAUGAAAGCUUCCCUGCAGACAGUAGACCUGCGCCUGGCUCAGCUGGAGGAGUUCAGCAGCAGGAUGGUGAACGCUGUGGAGAAGCUCGCCGGCAUCGAGUUGGUCCGCUCUCGCUCUAGAGGAUCAUCGGUGUGUGAGCCGGCCGCUCUGCUCAGACACGCCAGCAUCAACAGCGCCGACGGCUACAGCCUGUACCGCUACCAGCUGGACCACGAGGACCGGGUCUCUGUGUGCGGAGACAGCGAGGACAGAAGAGUCCACCUGAGUCCAGAAAGACGAGGAGGGAACACAGAGGGGACGACAGGUAGGAGACAGGAACUGUUCGGCUCGACCCUGGAGGUCAAAGGUCAGAGGGAGCGCUCUCUGUCUAACGUUGACAUCCUGAUCUCACCCUGCGACCCGGCGCAGAGACCAGAGUCUGUCGCCAUGGAGACCGGAGAGGAGACACCAGGGACCCUCCCUCUGGAGAGGUCAAAGGUCACGCUGCCCUCCAGCCCCGAGGGGGAGGAGGAGGAGGACAGGAAGUACCCCCCCCUCUUUGGGGGGGAGGAGGAGGAGGACAGGAAGUACCCCCCCCUCCGCUCCAAGAGCCUCAACACAAACCCAAGGAAGACCAGGACCCCCAGACCCACCGGCAGCGUCUCAGACCUGGUCUCUGCUUUCAGUGGGGGGGCCGGCCGGGACCUGGACCAGAACCAGAACCAGAAACUGUGA